AUGGCGACCUACAUGCUAAUCUGGGAUCAACAAUCAGUACCAAGCAUCGAUUAUCUAUGUGCAUUCCGUGGCUAUCUGCAUCAUUCUACUAUUGCUUAUGUUCAUCAUUCAUUUAUUUUACAAGCGAUAGAAAAAUACGUGAAAAUUAAAAGAAUGAAGCUGUUAGAUACACCAACUCGUAAAUUUUCGAUUGUUCUAGCUCAAUGGAUGUUCGAUUUUAGUUUUUCUCUACCCGUGUUCCUAACAGGUAACAUAGUAAAAAUGAAAAUCGACAAUCUAUGUUUUGUUUCAUUCGACAGACUUGAUCUUGUAUUUACUAUGAGUGCACUGACAUUCGUUGUAUCAGAUGUGAUUCUCGCUGUUUUAUAUCGUCGUUUAGUAAUGUAUGUUCGUCAAACUUCAUCAAGAGUGAAUGGUAACCAGCGAUUACGAAUCCAGCGAGAUCUGGCAAUGAUGCGUCGUAUUGUAGUGCUCCACGCUCAAUUGGUUCUGGUUGGCAGUCCAGCACUUGUUGUUAUUAUAUUGAACGCAGUCCGUAGCGAUAUUUUACCUUUUGGUUCUAUGCGGAUAGUAUUCAUCAUUAUGAAUCUUGGUUUGACCUUUCUGGCCAUUAUCCUUUUUCAAAACACGCCACAGCUUCGGCAAAUCGUUGUCAAAUGUUUUCACUUAAAAUCUGACGUACUAAUAUCGAGUACAAAUCGGGUGAGACCAAUGAUAGAGACAAAUCGAUUUUAA